GAUUUGUUCACCAUCACCGGAAGUCAAAAUAAAUGACACAACGCUCACAGUUAAAGAAGAGGCUCUCAUUUCAGAACGAAAUGUGGUUAUUCAGUCUUGUUGUCACUUUAAUGUUACUUUUCGUAACUGGAAGUGAAGCAAUAAAUGACAGCGAUCAAGGUACAACACCACAAACGCACGUGUAUACUGAAAACCCUAUUUCCUGCAAAAAGGAAAAAGAAGAUUCGAAACAGAAGAUAAAAUUAAAGUUGCCAACAUGCCCUAAUAAUCCGAGCUCAGGUUUUGCUCUAGACUGCGCAGACGUUUUUCGAGCAGGACACGCGAACAGUGGUGUGGCGAAAGUAUGGCCAAAAAGCAGAGCAAUCCAAGAUGCCCCUUUCAAUGUGUACUGUGACAUGGAAACAGAUGGUGGAGGUUGGACUGUAAUCCAAAGGAGAGGAAAUUUUUCUAGAUUUUCAAAGGAUUAUUUUUAUAAAAACUGGACAAAUUAUAAAAUGGGUUUUGGAAACAUUGAAAAAGACUUCUGGUUAGGUAAUGACAACAUUUUUGCUUUAACACACCAGAAGUUGUAUUCUGUGCGCUUUGAUUUCAAAUCCGUUGACGGCGAAGAACGUUAUGCAUUGUAUGACACAUUCUGGAUUGAAGAUGCGGAUCAUCAGUACAAACUGCAUAUUAAGGACUACAGUGGUGAUGCAGGUGAUUCGAUGACUAAAGAACAUGAUGGUCAAAAGUUUUCAACAAAGGAUAGAAAUAACGACAACCAGAAAGGCAAAGAAAUCUGUGCUCAAAAAUAUAAAGGAGCGUGGUGGUACAAUACCUGCCAUUCAGCGAAUUUGAAUGGUUUAUAUUUGUAUGGAGCGCACGACACUUAUGCAGAUGGUGUAGUUUGGAAGACAUGGAAAGGAUUCCGUGAAUCGUUGGCCGAAACAGAAAUUAAAAUAAGACCCAAAGACUUCGUGAAAGCUCCUAUAGUGAAUGCUAAACGCCUGUGAUUCGAUGACAGGACAUCACGAUGGCCAAAAGUUUUCUACAAAAGAUAGAAAUAAUGACAACCAAAAAGGCAAAGAAAUCUGCGCUCAAAAGUAUAGUGGAGCAUGGUGGUACAAUACCUGCCAUUCAGCGAAUUU